AUGCUGCUGCUCACCGUGAACGCGCAUGACAAAAGCCUCAAAUUUCCCGAGAAGGUGUUGGCCAAAUGGCACGACCACUCAGAAUUCUCUGGUGCCUUCCGUGAGAAAUACCGGGAUUGCAAGGCAAACUACCCUCUUGAUUUGCCAAAUGCCCGGCAGUCAUCCGGUGAAGCUCCAAAGAAAAGGCCCAGAACUGGGGCUGAUGAGAGUGCAGCGGCAACAGAGGUGAAGGUUGAGGAGUCUGCGCUCAAGGAUGUUGCGGACCUCAAGCCUUUACACCACAAGGCCCACAUUGUCUCAAGCCCCAAGCUCAACAUCGAGGUCUGUGUGGGCCAGGCUGUGUACAUUGCCAACCACACAAAUGAAGUUCAUGUCGUCAAGGAGGGUGCCAUGAUUGGAGGGUACUGGAAGGGAAAGUUCUGGUCAACCCAGCCUGCAAAGGGCAAAGAUGGCGCAGAGGCUUCAGUUGCAGCCCCCACUGUGGCGGACAUCCCAUUUGAGCUUUCAGGCAGCACCUCCAGGGUGCAGAUGAACUCAAAGGUUGUUCCUCUUGGCAGCUUGAUCAAGACAAAGCGGGAGAUCUCCCCAGCCGACGCUUUGGUUGCAUAUCAUGUUAUGCGUGACCAGCCGACAGCGGACGAUGCCAGUGCCUUCGUUUUGUCUCCAAAGGCAUUCACAGUCUACUGGAAGAUGGAAGACCUGAAGCCCAAGACCACCAAAACGGAGGGUGGUGGGGAUGAUCUUAUCAUCCCAGCUGCACACAUUGCAGGGACUAUCCCGCAUACAAAGUGGUCCUCAUCAAAGUACUGCGAGGUCUUGUGGGCAGUCAAAUGGCCGUCUGUUGCAGCCAAGGGUCUGCAACCAGUCCGUCCCCUGGUGGCCAUGAAGUGCACUGUGACGCUUCCGCCUGGAAAGGCCCUGGAGAUUGUUCCAGAAGAUGUUUGA